AUGCUGGGCGUCACCAUUUCCAUUCUUUCGGCCGUGAGCGCCGCCAAUGCCUACACUGUGGUUACCCAUGACCAGUUCAUGAGGAAGAACAUCGAUCCUCUUGUCGUGCCUGGCCAGUACAAGUCCCACAUGCACUCCUUCUUCGGCUCCGACGCCAUUACCAAAGACAAGCCCACUUCCGCCGAGUUGCAGAAGGGCUGCGCCUCGGGCGAGAACCCCAACGACCUCUCCGUCUACUGGGUCCCCACCCUCUACCACGUCGACGGCUCUUCCCGCACCGAGAUCAAGCCCAUGCGCUUCUCCACCUACUACGAAAACAUCCUCUACGCCGACGCGCCCAUCCCGCAAGACUUCUCCGUCAUCGCCGGCAACGCCCUCGCCACCUCCCAAGCCGAGCUCGACGACAAAAACGUCGGCCUCUCCUGGUUCUGCGAAGGCGACUCCGCCCCCGCCGACAAGGAAGCCGCGGCCUUCCCGACGUCGACCUGCUCGACGCACCUGCAGACCAUCUUCCGCUUCCACGACUGCGUCGAGCCGAGCUCGCUCAACAGCACGUACAGCGCGAGCUCGUUCAAGACCGAGAACUACUGCCCGGAGGGCUGGAACCGCAUCCCGCGCCUGCGCUUCUCGAUCCGCUACGACCUGCGCAAGAUCCUGCCGGAUGGAUGGAGCGGCGCGCCCCCGCUCGAGCUCGCGUCCGGCCCGUCGUUCAGCAUGCAUGGUGACUUUAUUAACGGCUGGUUCGAGGACGCCGCCCAGAACAUGUUCGACAACGCCAAGGAUAAGCGCGAGUUUGCGCAGGUCGACGGCGAGCACGGUGAUGGCAAGAGCGGUCCGACGUGCACUGCUACUGACGCUGAUCCCAACGGCGGCACUGACGACUAUGAGACGAGCUUGACCAUGAUGAGCAAGGUGAAGAGGGUGGUAGCGAGGAAGGCUAGGGGGUUCAUGGAGAGGAGGAUGGCGAGCGCGAACUGA